GGAGGGGGGGAAAUCGAUCAGGCAACCUGUAGCUAAAAAGGACUGUUUAUUCUGUUGUCCUGUGAAAUGCGUUUUCUCCAGUUCUCUGUAAUAAAGAAUAGAGUAGAGUAGAGUAGAAUAGAGUAGAAUAGAAGUUUUUAUUGGCCAGGUGUGAUUGGACACACAAGGAAUUUGUCUUGGUGCAUGUGCUCUCAAUGUACAUAAAAGAAAGGAUAGCAGAAUUGAUCCAGAAACCGAAACAUUUCAGAAUAAAAUGGGAAAAUUCACAGGGAGAUUCUGACACUGCACACUCCAUCCACAGCCAGCAGUAAAAAAAAAAAAAAAAAAAGCAGGAUUUAGACCCUCAAUGUUAAUGCCAACUGGGGAAUUCCGGGGAUGGAAGUCCACCCCCGAUGCAGCCCAGCCGCUGUCAUCCUGCCGUCCAGGCCAGCUUGGCACCCAGGAGGAAGACCGACAAAGGCUCUGCGAAUGGGGUGCGCGAACCGGGCAGUUGGAGGAGGCUCUAUGACGCUCCGCACUUUCGUAGCUCUGGAGAGCGCCGCCGCCUGCUGAGGACUGCAAAUCCCAGGAUGCACCGCGGGCGGUCGCUCCGCCCAGCCGGGAAGCGGCUCGGAAGCGCCGAGGCGGGCCAGGCACCAUGAGGCUGACGCGGCUGCUGGCCAUGGCGGAGAAGCUGACGGCCCCCUGGGCUCCCGAGCUCGGCCGGGCGGGGAAGGCGCCCCGGAGGAAGAAGCCCGCGCUGGCGCCCAUCCCGGAGGAGGACUGGCAGGUCUUCCGGGGGGACACGGUGCAGAUCCUGAGCGGGCGCGAGGCCGGCAAGCAAGGCCAGGUCAUCCAGGUGGACAAGGAGCGGCAGUCGGUGCUGCUGGACCGCCUCAACAUGGGCUACUACUACGCGGACACCGUGGCCGGCAGGGCCAUGUUUGCCCGGGAGAAGCCGCUGUCCUUGAAGGAGGUGGGCCUGGUGGACCCCACUGACAGGCUGCCCACUGAAGUGGCCUGGCGCUACACAGAACAGGGCGAGCGUGUGCGGGUCUCCAUCCGGACAGGCCGGAUCAUCCCCAAACCUGUCGAGCAGAGGGAGGACGGCAUCGUCCCAGAGCUGUGGGUCGAUGGCCCAAAGGACACCUCCACCAAGGACGCCCUGGAGAAGACGUACACCCCGUCCUUGAAGACCUUUCAAGAGGAAAUUAUGGAGCGGAUGGGAAUCGUAGAGACACGGCGGCACAGGAAGACUUAUUGGUAUUGAGGCUUCUGCUCCUCCCUCCUUCCCUGGGGAAGGAGACACAGCAGGAGUCAAAGAAGCUCUGCAUUCACACAAGCGUUCACGGGCCCUCUUUUAUCAAAAACCAACAAUAAAUAUCCCUUAAUAGAAAAACAA